CUUUCACAUUUUCAAUGCUUCAACCUCCCUCACUCUUCACCCAAAACCAUUGUGCUUUUCCCAAAACCCAUAUCAUUUCCCCCCUUUUUAACCCUCAAGAAUACUACUUUAUUCGUUGAUCAAUCAAACAACAAAACCCAAUGAUCCAAUCAUCAAAUCCUCAAUGAACUAAUCUCCUCUUGCAUUCACACCACAUCGAAUCUUUCUCCCCAAAGCACCAAUCUUUAGCACAAACGAUGAAGAACCCAUCAAAUCAAGACUCCAAUUCAACUACUCAGAUGCACACAAAGCACCAAUCUUUAUCACAAAUGGUCAAGAACCCAUCAAAUCAAGACUCCAAUUCACCAACCCAGAUGCACACAUUCAAGAAAGUUGCAACCUUUAAACUGUUGGAACCAUCUUUAGGUACAUUGGGUUUUGUGUUCUUAACAAUUUGUAUACUUUUUGGGUUCUUUUACUUGGAUUAUACAAGUGUGGUUACAGGGGAUGGUUUUAGAUUGUCAAAAGAGUUAGAUAAGUUUAAAAGGUUGAAUCUUGGAGGGUAUUUAAGUACAAGUGAAGUUUAUGUGAGAAAAAGAUUUGAUUUUUUGAGUAAAAAUGGAGAUGGGUGUGACGUGUUUGAUGGUGAUUGGGUAUGGGAUGAGAAGUAUCCAUUGUAUCAAUCUAAAGAUUGCAGGUUUCUGGAUGAAGGGUUCAGAUGUUCUGAAAAUGGACGGCAGGAUUUUCUUUAUACUAAAUGGCGUUGGCAACCUAAAGAUUGUAACUUGCCCAGAUUUAACGCGACAACAAUGUUGGAACACCUGAGGGACAAACGUUUAGUUUUUGUUGGAGAUUCGAUCGGCAGAAACCAAUGGGAGUCUUUUCUUUGCAUGCUAUCUUCCGCAUUUACUUCUAGUAAAAGUAACGAGUCAAUAUAUGAAGUAAACGGCAAUCCAAUCACGAAACACAAAGGUUUCUUGGUGUUCAAGUUUCGGGACUACAAUUGCACUAUUGAGUAUUACAGGGCGCCUUUUCUUGUGCUACAAAGCCGACCACCCCCUAAUUUGAAGUCCGAAAUAAGGACUACUCUUAAGUUGGACCAAAUGGAUUGGACCUCAACGAAAUGGCGAGAUGCUGAUAUUUUAGUUCUUAACACGGGACAUUGGUGGAACAAUGAGAAGACCAUAAGUGUAGGGUGUUACUUCCAAGAAGGAGCACACGUCAAGACGAAAAUGAAAGUCGAAACUGCAUACCGAAAGGCAUUAGAAACCGUUAUAUCGUGGAUCAAUAGUGAAGUAAAUCAAACAAAAACACAAGUCUUCUUCCGCACAUACGCUCCUGUACAUUUCAGAGGCGGGGAUUGGCGGGCCGGUGGAACCUGCCACCUAGAAACACUACCGAAUCUCGUUUCUUCACCAAUGCAACCAUCUUCAACGUGGCCGCAAUAUCACAUAUUCAGAGACGUAAUUUCAAACCGAACGAAAAGCUUAUCAAUUGAUGCAACCAAAGUGAUGAGUAUACUCAACACAACCAUCAUGUCGUCAAUGAGAAAAGACGGGCACCCUUCGUUGUAUUAUCUCGGCCCGAAAAUGAACCCUGCGGCUGUACGCAGACAGGAUUGCAGCCAUUGGUGUCUUCCUGGUGUCCCGGAUGCGUGGAACGAGAUACUUUACGCUCUACUUUUGAAACGGACAACUGUUUUUGGUAAUAAUACUUCAUCUUGAGUUAAUUCACCGGUGCAGAGUGUAUAUAAUAUAUAUGCUUCAACAGGCAAAUGUAUAUUGAGGGUGCGUUCGAUUCGAUUCUCCAUGUUUUUGACAUAGAAGCCGCGUUUAUACCUUUCGGAAUCAAAGAUCAUAACUUUUAAACUUAUUUAUAGUUUGUAAACUAGAAUAUCAUUUUUGUUAGACUUGUAUUAUUUUUAGAAAAUAUUGAAAUUCCAUUUCACACGAAAAAGGGCAAUUACAAAGCAAUGGCAGGUAGUCGGGCAAAAUGUAUUGUUAGUUUGCUACACAGUAUAUGUUCAACAUACUUUGAACAAUGUAAGAUUAGAUCCAGAAAGUGAGAUAACAGAUCUGAA